AUGAAGUUUGGCGCGCACUUGGGUGGAUCCAUUCAACCAGAAUGGUCCUUCAACUAUAUCUCUUACGAUGAGCUCAAGAGCGUCCUCAAGUCACGAACGGCCGUGGGCCUCUGGAACGAGACGGACGAGGGCUACUUUGUAGAGAUGCUUGAGCGUGAGUUGGAGAAGGUCUACAGCUUCCAAAACGUCAAGAUUGGCGAAGUCCAGCGCAAGCUUGCCUACUACAACUCCCAGGCUCAGGAGUUCAAGAAGAACGGAGCAGAAGAGGAGACCUGGGGGGCCCUCGAGGUCGAACUUUACCGCCUCAUUGCUGAGAUCGAUGUCCUCGCCAAGUACACCCGUCUCAACUAUACCGGAUUCCUCAAGAUUGUCAAGAAGCACGAUAAACAAACAGGAUGGAUGCUCAAGUCGAUCUUCCAUGUCCGCCUCAACACCAAGCCCUUCCACAAGGAGAACUACGAUGCCGUCAUCGUCCGUCUCUCGUCCAUCUACCAUGUCGUCGCCGCCCGUGGUCAAAAGCUCAAGGGUGACGAUCAGUUUGCCAACUGGGACUCGAACGCCUUUGUCCGUGACACGACCAAGUACUGGAUCCACCCUGACAACAUCACUGAGGUCAAGCUGGUCAUCAUGAAGCACUUGCCUGUUUUGUUGUUCAACACCAAGAAAGAGUACGAGGAGAACGAUUCGGCUAUUUCGUCGGUUUAUGUCGACAAUGAGGAGUUUGAGUGCUACCAGGGGCGUCUGGAAAAGUCGGAUAUGGCCCAGGCUAUUCGUAUUCGCUGGUACGGACCAACCCCCACCCAGAACGGACAAUGCUUUCUGGAGCGCAAGGUGCAUCGUGAGAAAUGGACUGGAGAGCAGAGUGUCAAGGAGCGAUUCCCCAUCAAGACCAAAUAUAUCAACCCUUACCUCACCGGCGACUACACCAUGGACGUCAAGUUUGCCAAGCUCCGCGCUCGAGGUCAAAAAUCCGUCAAGGAUGUCGAGGUGAUGCAGAAGCUCGCCGAUGAUGUCCAGACCUCUAUUGUUGGAAAGAAGAUGCGACCGACCAUCCGUGCCUUCUACCGUCGCACAGCCUUCCAGCUCCAUAACGAUGCUCGUGUUCGUAUCUCGCUCGACACCGAGUUGGCCUUGAUUAGGGAGGAUGAUUUUGGUGGACGGACUCGUGCGGGGGAUAACUGGAAGCGCAAUGAUAUUGGAAUUGAUUGGCCCUUCAAGCAGCUGCCUGCUGAGGAUAUUACUCGAUUCCCUUAUGCCGUCUUGGAGGUCAAACUCCAGACUCAUCACGGACAGGAACCCCCAGCCUGGAUUGUUGAGCUCAUCAACUCGCACUUGGUCGAGUCGUGCCCUCGGUUCUCGAAGUACAUUCAUGGUGUUGCCACGCUCCUCGAGGACAAGAUCCAGAUUCUCCCCUUCUGGUUGCCACAGAUGGAUCAGGAUAUCCGCAAGCCCCCCAACACUGACUUCGGGUUCAACAACUACAUGUCCCGGCCCUGGCCUGCCGGUACGCCCCAGAUCAACUUGCGUCCACCGAUUGUGCCCAAGGCUUUGAUUGAAGGUGGUGAGGGCGGGGACAAGGUCAAGUCGCUUUCCGAGUUUGAGCCCAAGAAGCCAAAGACCAUGGACAAAGCAACAUACCAAGCCAAGAUGGCCGAGAAGAACGCCAACCGUCGCAUCCCUGGCAGCGCCGUCGAGCCUGUCAACUUUUAUAACCAGCCUAUGGGCGCCUCUACUUCCCAUGCCAGCGUGACGGGCUCGCACCCCUUGGGCGAUAAUGGACCUACCUUCUCAAACCAGGCGUUGAUGCCAACUCCAGCACGUCCUUGGGUUGACCGUCUCAACAACCGCGACUCACACCUCACCCUCGGCAACGGCUCCUUUGUGACCGAAAAGAGCAGCAAUCAGAACGGCGAAAACGGCGGAGACAACAACCUCCUCCGCAAGAAAUCCACCAUCCGCCGUAAGAAGUUCGGCUUCCGCGAGAAACGAGCCUCGACCAAGGAUCCCAAGCGUGCGAUAGGUGCAGUGCGAAUGGAACCCAAGGUGUUCUUUGCCAACGAACGUACCUUCCUCAACUGGCUCCAGUUCUCGGUUCUUUUGGGAUCCAUCUCGUUGACAUUACUCAACUUUGGAAACUACAUGACAAGAGUCUCGGGAGCGGUGUUGACGGUGAUUACGCUUUUGGCGAUGCUGUACGCGUUGGGUAUCUUCCACAUCCGUCUGUCCAACAUCUUGUCAACGAGGGCUGACCGUCAGUUCCAUGACCGUAUUGGACCCACGGUCCUUUGUGUCUUCCUCUUUGGUGCCUACUUCCUGAACUUCUACACAAAAUUCAUUCAGAGUGCGCACCCCGCCACCGCCGCACCGGCAUAA